UUCCUCCCCUCUGCCGGGCGGUGGCGAGCGCCCGUGACGUCACAGGAGGCGGGGCCAGCGCCGCUGCCGGGUGCUGGAGGCGCCAUUGGAGCCGGCUUGGCUUGUAAGCGCCGCUGAGGAGCCGGAGGUUGGACCGCAGAUACAGCCGCGUCCGCUCCUGGUUCCUGGCCCCUCAGCGGCAUGGCGUGCGGGGCGACGCUGAAGCGGCCCAUGGAGUUCGAGGCGGCGCUGCUGAGCCCCGGCUCCCCGAAGCGGCGGCGCUGCGCCCCUCUGCCCGGCCCCACUCCGGGCCUCAGGCCACCGGACUCCGAGCCACCGCCGUCGCUUCAGAUGCAAACCCUACAGCCGACUCUGCAGCAGCCCGCCCCGCCCGGCAGCGAGCGGCGCCUUCCAACUCCGGAGCAAAUUUUUCAGAACAUAAAACAAGAAUAUAGUCGUUAUCAGAGGUGGAGACAUUUAGAAGUUGUUCUUAAUCAAAGUGAAGCUUGUACUUCAGAAAGUCAGCCUCAUUCUUCAGCACUAACAGCACCUAGUUCUCCAGGUUCCUCCUGGAUGAAGAAGGACCAGCCCACCUUUACCCUCCGACAAGUUGGAAUAAUAUGUGAGCGUCUCUUAAAAGAUUAUGAAGAUAAAAUUCGGGAGGAAUAUGAGCAAAUCCUCAAUACCAAACUAGCAGAACAAUAUGAAUCUUUUGUGAAAUUUACACAUGAUCAGAUUAUGCGACGAUAUGGGACAAGGCCAACAAGCUAUGUGUCCUGAAGCUUUCUUGCAUAUCUGGGUACCAGGUUUGACCUCAAGAGAUGGCUGCUGUACACUUUUUGCAACUGGUUUGAUAUCACAUUUCAGCUCCAACUUUGCAUCCUGAGAACACUUAAACGUUUCUGCAGGUCCAUUUUAUACAACUUGAAAGACCUUAAAACUUUCUGGUUGCCACAAGCAUAUCUUUCUUUUCUGCUCAUCCAAUAAACAGCUGUGCCCUACUGUGAUAGAUUUUCCAAACAAAAACCUGGAGCAGCAGUUUAGCAAAAUAUGCCUUCAGUGGCAUGCAACAAAUGGAGUUUCCCCGAGCACAGUUCUGUAAGAAGUGUGUAUGAGAAUGUGUGUAUAUGUGUGUAUGUAUAUUUUAAGUUAUUAUUUGUAUUGUGCAAAUUUUUUUGAUCUUGGGGAUUCUGGCUGUGAAUUUGAUGCACGACAAUUAUGGUUAGAAACAUUUGCUUGGUCUACAGAAGAUCAUUAAUGUUUUGUGACCAUAUAAGUUGUAACAGUGGAUUGUUUUAUGUGUAGGUAUUAUUAUUAAAUACAGGGACUGUUUCCAGGCACAGAAUAUGAAUCAUAAGUUAGGAUGGACAUUAGAUGUGAUUAUGAUGAUGUAGUGAUGGUCUGCGGUCCUAGAUCUACAAAUGCGGUGAGAAAUUAGAACGAAGUGGAGAGACAGGCCAUUGAUGCAUGGACUCUGCCUAAUUGUGUUAGAGAAAUACUUUGACUCCAAGCCUUAAAAUACCCACAUGGAGUCGUCGCUCACCUCAUUCACACAAUCAAAGAGCUCCCUGGACACUGAACCUCUAAAGGGAAAAUGUCUUCCCUGGAGCAGGAGCAUCAGGGUUUGUUCAAGAGCAUAACGUAGGUGAGCAUGGGGCUGGGUCAGGCCCCGACGGCACUGCUACCUGGGAGGAGCCACUUCACCUUUGUAUUGGUUAUUAAAAGCAGAAUUUGGAUUCUUUGGUCUGGUUCCCCCAAAUUCUUUUGAGGUGUCCGUGUUCAACUGCUUGAGCUUUGUUUUGGCAACCCCCUGCCUGAAGUUGCUUAUUGGCUGUUCUUCACCUUAUCUCCAAGGUUGAGGAACAGAAAGUAGCCUCUGUUUUGAGGAGGUGGAAGUUAAGUAUACACUUAUUUUUUACUGUGACUUGUUCAGGACCACAUUUUACAAAAUGCCUUGUUUCCUUUAUUAUUGUUUCUGGAAAGGAAAGUUCUAUUAAAAUUGUUUUAGUUUGAAUAUAGAAUAGUUUUUUUUAAUUAGGGCUUAUUUUGAAAAAUUCUGAGUUUAAUUCAAAUGUAUGCUGAUACCUUCCAAAGUAAGGUAAUAUUCAGAGACAGUUGUUCAGAUCAGAUGGCUUAGAGAAGUUCUGGGAAUAUUCACAUUGGAAGAUUCCUUAUUAAUGAAUGUCUUUGACUUAAAUCUAACCAAAAACUGCAACAUUAUUCUUUGUACAUUUUCAUUAUAUAGUGUUAACAAGCUUAGUUGCAAACAAAUAAAAUACUUAAGCUAUUUGUUUA